AUGGCUUCAAUGGAUGUGGUUCCCGUCUCAUCAGACCACAAUGCCGUACAAGGCAGCGACCAAGCUGAUGGAACAAAAGACGGAGUAUCAGGAGUGGUUGAGGUGUUGGACCUCGAGGAGGGAGAAGCACAGAAGUCCUUUUACAGCAAAGGAUCCGUCAUCAUGAUGGUCAUCUUCUCUGGUCUUGCCAUUGGCUCUGAUGGAUACAAUGCUGCAGUAAUUGGAAAUGUGGAGCUGCUGUUGGCCAUUCUCUACCCAGAGUCACUGACAAGCUCCAUCUACACUCGUUUGUCGAAUGCGUUCCUGAUAGGCAUGAUCGUAGGCAUGUUGAUGUUCGGCGUCGUCGCUGAUCAGCUCGGCCGAAAGACUGGUGCCGUAGCAACCACAGCCUUGCUUGUACUGGGUAUCGUGCUGUCGACUGCUGCAAAAGGCACCGACGAGACUGGCAUGUUCUGGAUGCUCAUCAUCGCCCGCGGUAUUGCUGGUGUCGGGGCAGGCGGCGAAUACCCGGUGAGCGGAGCUGGUGCAGCAGAGGCGUCGGACGAGAACAAGGGCAUGCGCAAGCACCGCGGGUUCAUGUUCGCCAUGAUAGCUGAUCUGUCAGCAUCGCUUGGCUAUGUCUUCGGCGGUCUUGUACCGCUUCUCCUUCUGCUCUGCGUGGGCCAGAAGAAGGAGAAGUACGAUCUUGUGUGGCGACUCAGCUUCGCUCUCGGCUUGAUUCCACCUGUUUCGAUCUUCUGGUUCCGCUAUAAGAUGGCUGUUUCGACUGCGUACCGCAAAGCGUCAAUGAGAAGGCAGAAGGUUCCGUACCUUCUCGCAAUCAAGCGUUACUGGCGGCCGCUGCUGGGUGCGUCGUCGACAUGGUUUCUGUACAACUGGAUCGCCAUUCCGUUUGGUAUAUUCUCUGGCACCAUCACCAACCGUGUCAAUGCUGGCGACUCCCUCAUCACCAAUCUUGGCUGGGGUGUGGUGAUCAACUGCUUCUACAUCCCAGGGCCCUUCAUUGGCGGCUAUCUCUCGGACAAGAUUGGGCGUCGCAAGACCAUGGCACUCGGAUUUGCGAUGCAAGCAGUUCUGGGCUUUGUGUUGGGCGGAGCGUACCACAAGAUCGUUCCCAUCUUUCCUCUAUUCGUGGUCAUGUAUGGCGUCUUCCUCACGCUCGGAGAGGUCGGUCCUGGCUCCACUGUGGUGUUGGCAUCAUCAGAGAGCUUUCCUACAGCCAUUCGUGGACAGAUGAUGGGACUUUGUUCGGCAAUCUCCAAGGCUGGUGCUGCGAUUGGAACACAAGUCUUCAUCCCAAUCACGUCAGGCGCAGGUGAUCAAGGAGCUUUUCUGGUCGGGUCAGCUUUCGCUGUGCUGGGUGCACUAAUAGCGUUCUUUGUCAUUCCGGAUGUGGGACGACGACUUGAGGAUGAAGAUGAGAACUGGAAGAAGUAUCUGGAGGAGAAUGGAUGGGUUGCUGAUUGGGGUGACAACGAGACAAAGGACCCUAGAGGUGUUGUCAUCAACCAGAGAUCAUCCUAG